CCCCUGCGUGCACAUGCAGAGCCUCGACUUCUUCCCAAAGACCCAGCCGGGGCUGACGGAGCGCACCUUGAGCGGUGGCGUCAUCUCGGCCGCCUCGCUGCUCUUCGUCCUCUGGGCCGGUGCCUCUGAGCUCUCCGACUGCUGGCGCGUCGUCACCGACGAGAGGCUCGUGCCACAGGCGACGUCCGAGCACUCCAACACGCUGUCGAUCAACCUGGACGUGGUCUUCCCGUCGACGCCGUGCUCCGAGGUUGUCGUCGAACUCACCGACGAGACUGGACGCGAGCAGCUCCGGCCCACCGACUCGCUCUCCAAGCUGCGCAUGUCUGCUGGAGGCAGCCCAGUCGGCCUCCCCGAGGAGCUCGGCUUUGAGGCUCGCGCGGCGCUCGGCGUGCGGAUGCGACGCUUCAUGCACAUGCUGCACGAUUGCAUCGUCGCCCUCCUCUCCUUCUCCGCCACCUCGGGCUGUGCGCGCGACUACACGGCGCCUUGCCCGUCAGACUGGGAGCACCAGGGCCGAGGCAUGUGCGAGGCCCCGUCGUGGUGAGCUCGCCGCCGCAGCCCUCCUCGCCGGUCAGACCACCCGCCCGCAGGACCUUCGCUCCCGUGGCGAUGCCUGUUUCAGGUACUUUGGCAGCUGCCCGCAGUCGGCCGGCUUCUCCGGCUACAGCGACGCGGACAAGCGAGAGUGGGCGGCGCGGUGUGGCGCUAAUUGGGCGUGCCUCGAGCACGGCCACCACACCUCGCGGCCGGUCC